AUGUCGAACAUCAUAUCUGUAGACUUGCUGUCUUAUGCGGUAAACCCAACCUACAUCAACACGCUUGUCACGACAAAUGUGUCCAACCCGACAAAGAUUGAGCUUCUUGCUUACGACCAAAGCUUCCCUUCCGUGAUCGGCGAGCAGGCAACAGCUCGACAGCUGCAUAACCUCGACUGGCAAGCUUUCCACGAAGCGGGUGUGUACAACAAGGACACAAACAAGGUGUACGUGACAAGCAACUGGGCCGGCGAUCUCGACAACCCAAUCAACGUUACUGUGGUGGAUCUGGCAAACAACUAUUCGCUAUCCUCAACUCGUUAUUCCGAGCUCGCUGAGGCCAACGGAGGAACGAGUUACUUCCCACCCGGUACCGAAGGCAAUGGUUCGUUCCCUUCUCGCAUGUUGUUCUGCGAUGAGGGUUCGUUCAAUGACUACUCAGCCCUUGUCUCCGUCGACCCGGCCACUGGCGCAUCGGAGAAGAUCUUGACGUCCUUCCUCGGUCGCAAUUUCUCUAGCAUCAACGAUGUGCGUCAGCAUCCUGAGACCGGAGAUCUCUGGUUUACGGACGCCGACUAUGGCUAUUUCCAGCACUUCAGACCAGUACCUACGAUUCCAACACAGCUGUACCGCUUCUCUCCCAAGACAGGAGAAAUUGCCGUUGUGGCAGAUGGCUUCAUGCAGCCCAAUGGGCUGGAGUUUUCCCCGGAUCUCAAGACGCUGUACGUCAGCGAUACAGGCGCUGGAGGCUUUGAUAGAAACAUGACUCGCCCUGCGUCUCUGUAUGCAUUUGAUAUCGUUAACAAGAGAACGCUCACGGGUCGUCGAACGUUUGCAUAUGCCGACAGUGGAUUUCCAGAUGGUGUACAUUGCGACCUGGAAGGCAAUGUCUGGGCUGGGUGCGGCGACGGUAUACACGUCUGGAAUCCCGAGGGCACAUUGUUGGGCAAGAUCUGGACUGGCGUUGAGACGAACAACUUCGCUUUCCUACCAGGUGCUGUUAUGGUCUUUUCCAAUGCCCAGCUCUGGAUUGUGGAAAACGUAGUUGCAAAAGGGAGAGAGCUCUGCCGGGAUUUCGGUGCAUGUUAA